AGAGUUUUCUCUACCUUUUUACCCUCCCAUUUCCCCAUCUGCUCUGUUUACUGCGAAGGCCACUCCUCCUCUUCUCCUUUCUCCCUUCUCCUUCUUCCUUCUCUAUCAGAGCAGAUGAACAUUAAGUUCAUAUGAAAUAAUAAUAAUAAUAAUAAUAAUAAACAAGAGAGAGUGAGUGAGAAGGAAGGCAAUUAACAGCGGCAAUAAAGAAGUAUCUGCUGUUGUAUUAAUGGAAACCCAUCGCCCCUUCCAUUAAUUCUCUUCUUCUUUAUAUAAUGAAGCAACAAGCCGCUUCUUCUGUUGUGUUAUGUUGUGCUGUGUUUGUGUUGAGGUGAAGAAGAAGCAAGUGUGUUAGUUCAAGGCCUCGAUCGGAGAACGAUGAGCCGGAACAACCGCGGCAAGAACCCGAGGCUGGAGGUGAAGGUGAACGUGGCAGGGACGCCGAGCAGAGCCCGAGGCGGGCCGUCGACUCGGACGGAGGACGAGGAGGAGGCGUCGGUGUCGCCGACGAGCUCGUGCGUGUCGUCGGAGGAAGGCGAGAGCAAGUCGCCGGAGGGGGCAGCGCCGUCGCCGCCGAUGAUGCUCGCCGGCUGCCCGCACUGCCUCAUGUACGUCAUGCUCUCCGAGAAGGACCCGAAGUGCCCCAAGUGCAAGAGCACGGUGCUGGUCGACUUCCACCGCGCCGGCAAGUCGUCGCGGCGGAGCUAGUGCGCAUGCGCCGGCGGACGGCGAGCCAGCGGGAAUUCCAUGGAAGGCUCCGAUCUGUAUGAAAGAUGAAUCAUGAUGAUGAUGAUGAACUCCGAGAUCAAGAUUCAUCCUUCAUAGAAAUCUUUAUAGCAGAGCCUUCUAUGGAAUUCUCCUUCUUAUUAUAGUUUCUAAUGCUAUAUUUAAUCUUCUUUGGAGAAAUUAAUCACUAUGUAAUGUAGUUUAAUUAAGUUCCCCUGUUAAUUAGGAUCUUCAUCUUUGUAAUUUGCAUCUCCUGCAUUGCUGAGUAAUUUCUCUCUGUUUCUGAA